AUGUCGAACGAAUUAGAUUUGCUGCAUGAGAGAGUGAAGAACGAGUUUAAGAAGCUGUUCACAUUGAAGGAUGCGAUUACGGGUCUCGAGCUCUCUCCUGUGUUCAACACUUUACCACAGAAAAAGGACUACCCUGACUACUAUGUUAUAAUCACAAAUCCAGUAUCAUUUAAUACACUUAGAAAGAGAAUACCUAAUUAUACCGAUGCUGUGGAGUUUAUGAACGAUGUGGCAAGGAUCCCUUGGAAUGCAAAGACUUAUAAUGCGAAGAAUUCUGAGAUUUAUAGAUAUGCCCUGGUCCUGGAAGAUUAUUUAGAGAAUACAUUAUUGAAAAAUUUACAACAAUUUUAUCCUAAUUUAACAUAUCCUGAUUUAGGCCCUUUACCUGAUGAAAAAAAUGUGAGUACGAAACAAAUGGAAGAAACAAAAAUAAACGACGAUAAUCAAAUACAGAAAAAAAUUCAUGUGACAUAUAAGAUGCCAACAGAAGAAAAGAAAGAUGAGAAAGAACCACCAGCACCCGAGAUAGAUAAUCAACAAAAGAGUGAAUAUACACCUACUCACGUACCAAACCCCACACCAAUAAAACCUAUGCAAGAAGAAAAAAUAAUGCCACAAACCGUAAUACCAUUACCUACUCAAAUCACACCUGCCGGUGUGGAAUCCACAACUCCUGUUAAUACCAAUACUAGUAAUUCCACUAUAUACGAUAUGACACCUGUACAAGCCACAGCUACUACUGUUAAUAAUAACAAUUCGCUUGUGCCAACGAUCACAAGUAAAGAGACAACACCUGUCUCAAGGAAUAUGUCCACAACUCCUCAGAGGACCACUCUCAGUGCCUCAAGUUAUAACAAUAAUAAAGUUCCAUCUACAGGGAGUAAAAAGACUCAUAUAAGGCGUGGUAGACCUCCAAUCAUUGAUUUACCUUAUAUUCAAAGAAUGAAAAAUAUAUUAAAGGUGUUGAAAAGAGAAUUGGAUCCAUCUGGUUCUAAGAAAGGUAUAUUAGCUCAAUUUGAAAAAUUACCUGAUAGAAAUAAAAUGGCUGAUUACUACACAAUAGUGCUAAACCCAAUCUGUAUUGAUGAUAUGUGGAAAAAGAUAAAGACGAGAAGAUACAAAAAUUUCAAUGAAUUUCAAGUAGAUUUCCAAUUACUUCUUGAUAAUUUUAAAAUAUACUAUAGUACAGUUCGUGAAAUACAAGGGUUGAACACAAUAUCAGUCCUUGAGAAGACCUUUAGAAUGGUGUCGGAUGUUGAAUUAGCAAAACCUGAUAGUGAUUAUAUCCCAGAAGGUGAAUUUAGAUAUCCUAUUGAUGAAAUUAUCACGGAUGGAAAAACAUAUUGUAUAGGUGACUGGGUAUUUCUAAAUAAUCCAAAUGAUCCUAACAAACCUAUUGUUGGACAAAUUUUUAAAUUGUGGAGUACUCCGGAUGGAAAGAAAUGGUUGAAUGCAUGUUGGUAUUUUAGACCCGAACAAACUGUUCAUAGAGCUGAUAGAUUAUUCUAUAAGAAUGAAGUUAUGAAGACUGGUCAAUACAGAGAUCACCCUAUUGAAGACAUCAGAGGUAAAUGCUUUGUGGUUCAUUUCACCAGAUUCCAAAGAAGCGAUCCUAUCAUUAAUUUAGAAGGUCCACUCUUUAUUUGUGAAUUCAGAUAUAAUGAAAACGAUAAAAUAUUCAAUAAGAUCAGAACUUGGAAAGCUUGUUUACCAGAGGAGAUUCGUGAUAUCGAAGAUCAAAAUAUCCCUGUCAAUGGUAGAAAAUUCUUUAAAUAUCCUUCACCAAUUAAACAUCUAUUACCACCAAGUGCCACAUUUGAUGAUCCUAUCCCAGAACCACGCCGUGGAUUACCAAAUGCUCCACCAUUAGUGGGUGCCGUCUACAUUAGACCUAAGGUUCCAAGAGAUGAUCUUGGUGAAUAUGCAACAUCUGAUGAAUGUCCGCGUUAUGUGAUAAGACCAGGUGAUCCUCAAGAGGAUGGUCAAAUCGAUUAUAUUAAUGGUACAAUCUUAACGAACUCAUCGACUCAUGGUUCAACAAUUCCAAGGAGGGUAGAUUCAUCAUCUAGUUUGAAUAUUGGUAACAAUGCCAGUCCCGUUCCUAGCGGCCCUCAUCCCAAAUAUAUUUCAAAUGCUGAUAAAAUGAGAGAUACAAUGAAAAUUGAUCAUACCAAGAUGCAAGAGCAAGCUAUACCUAAAGUUCCUAUCAAUAAGGGUAACAUACCGUAUAACUCUAAUUAUCAAUCUAUGAAUCAACAAGCUGGGUUUGACGGUAACAAUAUGAAUAUAAAUAUGGUCGAUCAAAUACCAUUGAAUAUGAUACCUAACGUGAAUUCUAGAGGAAGUAUCAGUACCAACCAAGUUCCUUACAAAAGUGUCUCUAAAGCUGGUUCAAGAUUAGUAGAAAAUAAUGAUAUCAAACCUAUGAUAACAAAACAACAACAGAAAGUACAAACAAGUAAAUCUAUUGCAUCUCUAUUACAAAUCUUACAGACUAAAAACUCAGUAUCACAAGUGAUGGUCGAUGCACCAAAUACGUACACGUUACCCUCAGAUGUGAUCCAACGGGAUCCGUAUGUCUAUGCAGUUGAUCACGGAAGCAUCUCUAGACGUUACACCAAACAAGAUAUUGCAUUGAGACAUCGUCUAAACACCAAGAAUGAAACACUGUGGUUCAGAGGUCCAGGGAUGGCUAUCACCGAGCGGAUUAUCAAUUUAGGAGAUCGAUCAUUACAAUUACCAAUUAAUGAGUUGUUUAAAGUCCAAGAAGAGCAACAACCAGACAUUAAGGAAACAAAAAGUUUUGAAAUUGAAGAAAUGGAAGAAAUCGUAAUUAAUAACCCUACUGAUCCUACUCAAGAGGAAGUUGUUGUGUCCACCACACCACUGGUGAAUGGACAUAAGACAAUCACAUUGAAUAAUGAUGAUGCUUCUGAUGAAGUUAAUAUCAUCACUGCAAAAGAUCCCCAACAACCAAAGAAACCUCGUAUUGAUGAUAUAACUGAGAAUAUCGAGGGACCAUUUGUUCACGGUCUCAGAGCCUCAUCUACUUUCAUUGCAUACAAGCUCAGAACAAAUGCUGCUAAGUAG